AUGACCAUUGCAAUGGACAGAAAUACGGUGAUGCAUGGCUCCUUCAACGGCUACUACAAGAGCCACCUGCUCCGGGAGCGGGCCUGGAAGCUGAUAUAAGGCAUCCUCAUCAUUUGGUUCAAUAUGCUGUACAACACCUGGGAUGGUUGUAAGAACCACAUCAGCAAGGAUGUUCAUUACAGUGUGAAGAAGCUGGGCAACCACUACAUGACUCCCAUCUACAGGUUCUGGAUGAAAUGUCAACUGUGCAUCAACUACGAAGUCCCCGCCAACUGUGACUAUGUGAUCAGGAGUGGUACUCAGCGCAAGGAGGAAUGCUGGGACAUGGAGGAAUACGGGCAGGUACUGACGGAACACGAGAAGCAGAAGCUGGAGAUGGAUGCCAUAUCCCUCCUGGAGCACCAGGCGGUCAGCAAUUGA